AUAUUGAAUGAUUCAUGUGGCUUGGCAGUAAACAUGGAAACUAGUGCUCUUUAUGUAACAAAUUAUAGAGCACAUUGUGUACGUAAAUUCAAUAUUGAUAAUGGUCAACUGAUGAGCAAAAUAGGGUCACAGGGUAGUAAAGAAGGGCAUUUACCGAAUCCAACAGAUGUCACUUUAACUAAGAAAAACUAUGUAAUAGUUUCUGACUAUGGAAAUCACAGAAUACAAAUGUUUGAUGCAAAUGGUAAUUGGAUGAGAAUCAUUGUAGACUGUCGUAAGGAAAAUGGUCAAGUUUGGAGUCCUUGUGGUUUAACCUUGGACAAGGCUGAAAAUUUAGUAGUAUCAAGUAACAACAAAUUACAAAUAUUUGAUAAAAAUGGUGUCUUCAUAAAACGAAUAGAUCUUGAAGAUGAUGGAUUAAGGACCCCAUAUGGAGUAACUAUAAUUCCUAAAAUCCCAAGCAGAGUAUAGUAGUAGCAAAUUAUGGAGCCAACAAUGUUAAAAUAUUUUAUUAUUAAAUGAUUUCCUAUAAAAAAAAAUGCUGCAACAUCUUUGUGGCUGGUUUGUAUUUCCAAACUUAAUACAUUAAUGUAUUCUUAAG